AUGGCUCGAGUAGCAGCUAGACCAGGCCAAACAACACACGAAAAUGACGCGCAACCUCAGACUUCAUUAAUUUUACGAGUCAAGCGCAAGAUCGAGACGGCCUGGAAUCGCUGCCAGAUUGGCCACCGAAGCUCCUACUCAGUCGAGCGGCUCCUCGCCUUUCGGGACUACUGCGAGCGUACUUCAAUCGCUCAUGCCGUUGCAAUUUGUGUUUUCACACCGAUACCUGCGUUAGUAGUCGCUCUUUUGAUCGAUUGCAUCCCGUUAAGACGUCCAUCAGAUGGGUGGCAGGCGAACUAUGGUCUUUGGAUCCGACAAUUGCUCGCGAUGUUUUGCGAGUCCGUGGGAGUUGUGUACCAAAUGAGAGAAGUAAUGGACGCAGGUGCUAUCUCAAACGCUGGAGCAGUCAAAGUCGGACUGGGGACAGCGAUUAGCAGCGUUUUGGUCACUAUAGUCGUGGCAGCAUUGUGGAAAUUCCCCAUUCCUUUUGGCUAUGUGCUGCUGCUCAACGUCUACAUACUGUUGUUUGCAACUUGUAUGGUUCUUGUGGUCGGCCCCCGAGUGCUAAUGCGAUCUUCAGCGCUACAGCAGCAGAUUAAGUCACAGUUGUUCAUUAUUGCGAACCAAGGAAUUGUGGCGGUAUUUUACCCCAUUUUUAGCGCGAUCUUCACGAGACUAUCAGGCAUCCAGCAGACGGCAUUUGUGCUCGUGAUGCCCAUGAUCAAGUUCUUCACAAAGCAGAAUAUCGCAAACGCAGCUGAGAACUGCCACGAAUACGUUGGCCCCAUUGUGGUCUUCUCGGUCGACCUCUUUAAUAUUUACUACGUUGCGAUCUGCAUGCAAACCUCCAAGUCGGUCGGCACCACCUUGAUUAUCAUGGCAGCCGAUAGUUUCCAUCUCUUU